GCAACGCGGGUGUCCAGAGAACACAGCCAUUGGUCCAGACUAGACUAGAGAGAGAGAGUGUACGUCCGGGCACGUUAUUGUUGCAUCAGAAAUUGCAGACUGUUGACAUGUCAAGCUCGGGAGAGUUAGCCUUUGAUUAUGGCUUCUUGCUGCACACAAGUGAGGAGGCCACAGCCACCGUGGCUCUGAAUGAGUACCUGAGCUCCCGCAGCUACCUGGCUGGGUUCAGCCCCUCUCGGGUGGACCAGGAGGUCUUUGAGCUCCUGCACAGGCCCCCGGCCCCGCAGCACGUGCACGCUCUGCGCUGGUACAGGCACAUAGCAGCCCUGCAGCGGGAGACCCCAGCCCAGAUAGCAGCAGUGAUGUCUGCUAAAUGUACUGUAAUUAAUAUCAGACUGUUGUUAUUGCAGGAGCUGUUUGUUCCCCAGAAUGGAAACAAGGUGUCGUGGUACUGCUGCGGACCCACUGUCUAUGAUGCCUCUCACAUGGGACAUGCCAGAUCUUACAUAUCUUUUGAUAUCCUCCGAAGGAUUCUGAUGAACUAUUUCAAAUAUGACGUGUUCUACUGCAUGAACAUUACGGACAUAGACGACAAGAUCAUCAGGCGGGCCAGACAGAACUACCUUCUGGAACAGUACAGAGAGAAGAAGCCAGCGGCUGCCCAGGUACUGCAGGAUGUCCUUAGUGCCAGAGGGCCCUUCCAGGCCAAGCUGGCCGAGACCACAGACCCAGACAAGAAACAGAUGCUGGAGAGGCUGGACUCUGCCGUCGCUGCUGCUCUGGGACCCCUGCAGGGGGCGGUGGAGAGCAAGGCUGGGGAGGCUGACGUACAACGCCUGGCUCAGGUGUUACUGGAGAAGGCCAAAGACCUGCUGUCUGAUUGGUUGGAUGCUCAAUUUGGCAGUCAGGUGACCGAGAACUCCAUCUUCUCUCUUCUUCCAAAGUUCUGGGAAGGGGAGUACCACAGCGACAUGGACGCCUUGAAUGUCCUUCCCCCAGACGUACUCACCCGCGUCAGCGAGUACUGCCCAGAGAUCGUGGACUUUGUGAAGAAGAUCCUAGACAAUGGCUUCGGGUAAGGGAGAGAUGGUCUCUGUUAUCAUAC